AUGGUGGUGGAGAUUCGGAACCGAAAAGGAUGCUUUUUGGAGGAAAAUAAUUGCGGAAAAAUUGGCGAAAUUUCAACGGGGUGGGAAACUCUUCGUCCUAAAGGGCCAAAAGGUUGUAGUUUGUGGCACAAUAUUUACAAUGAGCUUGAAUACUUUAAUAAACAUGUAAGAUUCAAGGUUAGGGCGGGGAAAGAAAAUAGAUUUUGGGAAGACUUAUGGAUCGGUGAUGGUGUGUUUUGUAAUAAAUUUCCGUUAGUUUACGAAGCUUCAAGAACCAAAGGAUGUGUAGUGGCUCGAUUAUACGAAAGCUCUAGUGACGGCAUCAAAUGGAAGUUUAUGUCUCGUGAAAGAUACUUUCAAGCUAUAUUGAGGGAGGUUGCUUCCAUAAAGUCAUCACUUGAAUCGGUUAAUAUACAAGAAGGAGGUAUAGACUCUAGAUUAUGGAUGAUUGAGGAUAAUAAUAAGUUGGACGCAUACUCGGAAAAGAAUGGAGUAAUUUCUCUUAGUGAAACGGAUGCGAUGGAUUUCCCAAGCGAGAUUAUUUGGAGUCGGUUAUAUCCUUAUAAAUUUAAUUUCUUUCUUUGGCUUCUCUGUCAUGAAAAGUUGAUGACGGCCGAUAAACUUGUUCGAAGGGGAAUGGAUGUGGAUAGGACAUGUAGUUUUUGUGAAGAAGAAGAUGAAACAAGCUCUCACUUGUUUUGUGAGUGUUGGAGAAUUAAAAGAAUUUGGACUUAUUUUGUUGAAGGAUGUGAUUUUCGUUGGAGAUACAAUGAUCAUAUUGCCACAACGAUUCAAACUUGGAGUCAUGAUUGGGGGAUAAGCGACUUAACCAUAUAUGGAACAAUCUUCCGGCCGCAAUAUGGUGGUGCAUGUGGUAGGAAAGAAAUGAAAGGAUCUUCAACAACAAAAAUAAUAAUUUAG